ACAGAGGUCGAGGCUUUUCCUGAAAGCGACUUAUCCGGUGUGAAAACAUGGAGACGGGCGUGAACUCGACCCCUCACUCGGUGAAGCGGUGGCAGCUCAGCGGCACCGACUACGAGCCGCAGAGAGUCCUCGAGACCCGCUUCAGCAGCUGGACCCCCCUGAACAACAAGACCGGCAACCUCCAGCUGUUCGAGCAGAGGAUGAAUCUCGUGCUCCACUGGUUUGACCUGUGGACUGACAGACAGAGGAAACACCUGUUGCACUCUCUGCUCACCCGCUGCACCAAGUCACAGCUCAAGUACUGCAGGGAUUUGCUGAUUGAGACGCUUCCUGUAACUCAAGUGGACUUCACAUCGGUGCUGCCACGCUUCCUGUCUCUGUAUGUGAUGUCAUUUCUGUCCCCUCGUGACCUCUGCUCCGCCGCCCAAGUCAGCUGGCACUGGAGAGUCCUCGCCGAGCAGGACUGUCUGUGGGCUGGUCGCUGCAUCACACGAGGCUGGUUCCUUCCCUACACUCCAGGAGACAAAGAAUAUGGAGCAUGGAAGAACCACUAUGUCUCCUGCGUCUCCACGCUGGACUGGCUCACUCCCAGGGAGGCGGCCGAGCAGUAUGGGACCCUCAACCAACAAAGCCCAGGGAUGACGGAGGAGGAGGAGGAGAGGAGGAAGGAGAGAAGGAUUAGGCAGAUAAUCAGAGACAAACUGCAGGAGGACAAGAGAGAAUCUCUGAGAAGCAGGAAAGCCUGGGGCAGCUCCUCAAAGCCAAAAGGAGUCAGAGGUGGAGGUACCCAGACAGGGAGGCUCAGCUCUGGACUAACAUUCAGCUCUUGGCCGUCUCUCUCUUGGCCUGCGAGGGCUGUUGGGUCUUCCAGCCUGCGUCUUAGCCUGGACGGGGGACAGCUUAUGAUUACAACUCAGAGCUCGGAGAGAGUCUCCAGUCCUAGCAGUGAAAGACUUAAAGCCAGUGGAGCGCUGUCCUCCUUUACCAGCAGACCUGCACAGACACACACAGUCUCACCUGUCCAUCCAACCACUCCUGCUCUCUUACUGCUCAUCUCCAACAGAAUCCCUGCCUAUGAGCUGCUGCUGAGUGGUGUGAAGGCUGGAGUGAUAGUGGUUCUGUACGACCACAGAGGGACUCUCUCAGCUCUCUUAGCCCAGGUGAAGAGGGCCGUUUCCGGGCAGAGAGCUCAUAGACUGGGCCUGCUAGCUCCGGGAGGGACGGAGGAAAUCCAUCUGCUGCACAGUAGCAUCCUGUCAGAGAGGACUCUUUUGAAGGCCGAUCAUAGGGAAUUCUGGGAAAAACUGUGCGGAUGGGUGGCACCAACUGAGGAAGGCGGAGGGAUUGACAUCUUCUCCCCGCUGGCUGCAUCUGCAUCAGGAGUGGCUCUCAUCCAGACUCUUUGCACGCUGACUGGCCUGGAGGUUCGGGUGCCAAUGGGUAUUGCCACCGGAAGUUUCCAGAAUAUCCUGAGCGAGUGGUCUGACGGCAGUGUGACCACCGGACCCUUGAACCAGCACCCAGCAGCCCCGGCUCUGCAGUUUGUGUGUGAGAGCGUGCUGCAUGGCUGGUGCAGACAGGCUCAAUGGAUGGAGGAGGCUCUGGGGGAGCUGAGGGGCCGCCUGGGGCCACAGUUACAGAGGCUCAGCCUCCGGGUCCGAGGCCGAGCUCUGGGUUAUUUUCUGUGGGAGAAAAUCUGCCUGGAGGAGCUUUUUGUGUCCAAAGAUGUAAGCGAGGCUCUGACUGAAGGGCUCACUGCUCUCACAAGACAGGAGGAGACCAGACCUUUGGAGUUUCUUGCUGUUUUCCUGAAAAGAUGGAGUGAGGAGAAGGAGGGAGAAGAGAGGAGUGGAGAAGAAAAGUGGAGAAAGAAAAGAACAGAUGAUUUCUCAUUACGUGAGCCACCACAGACAGCGUUAGAUUGGAGAGGUGCAGCUGCCAGAGAGCUCCAUCACAGCGAGUGUCUUUAUCUAGGGAGACUGAGCGCUGUGCUAAAGGUGUACCUGGAGCCUCUCACAGCAGCUCUCAACUCCAACAGAGCCAUCAUCAGCCACGCCGACAUCCACAUCGUCCUCAGCCCUGUCAGACAAAUACUGGAGCUCAACAGAGUGUUCCAGGUGGAUUUACAGACCAGGCUGCAGCAGUGGGGUGCAGAGCAGUGUGUUGGAGACGUGUUUGUAAAACUGUGCUCAAAACUCAGAGUUUACAGCAACUACCUCAACAACUACACCACUGCCCUCAGCACCAUCGACAAGUGCAGGGAGACCAAGCCUCCAUUUCGAGCUUUCCUGAAGAGAGCAGACAGAACUCUUGCAACACACAUGCUGAGCCUGCAGGAGCUGCUGCUGUGUCCAGUGUGGAGAAUCCAAGAGUAUGUGACUCUGCUUCAAGCUCUGUGUUUACACACACACGCCACUCACCCCGAUCACACACACCUCUCCUCUGCCCUCAACACCAUGCUGACAUUCAGAGAGUUCAUACAAAAGCUGAAGCGUAACUCCGAGAGAGACAGGCUGAUGGAGGAGACGCAGCAGAUGAUCCAAGGCUGUCCGAGCCUCUGUGAAGGAAACAGGCAGCUGAUGAUAACUCAGGAUGCCGCUUUGCUGAGAAGUCCUGAUGACCAGAUUCCUGACUCGCUCAGGACCUAUGAGCAUGUGUCUGAUGUGGGCCUCUUCCUGUUUAACGACGCUUUGGUGUUGACGCGGCGCAACGUGCAUCACACACCUUUCACGCUGGCUCACCAGAGCACACACACAUUCCUGGCCUCUGUGGCUCUCACCAGCCUGGCUGUCCGAGAGAUCACACACACUCGCUAUGUGAGUCACGCCUUUAUCCUGGAGGGUCCUUGUCGUUCCUGGGUUUGUGCCACAGAGAGAGGUGACGAGAGGGAGCACUUCCUGUCUCUGCUGCAUUCAGCCAUAAACUCUGCUCUGACAGAACAUCAGUGACGACGCCAUGAGGACACACCGGCAAGACAAGAAGAGGUUUGGACACACCACAGUUGGCCAUUUUUAUAUGAAAAUGUUUUUUUAAAAAUUCAGAAACUCACAAACAGCAAUUAUGAUUCUACACCACAAUAUGAUGUAAAGACACAACCCUAAUGCAACAGUUUAACUGGUAUUUUUAGUAUCUUACGUCCACCUUUAACCCUCUGG